AGAAAAUAUUAGCCGAGAACAAAAUCGGAUUAAUUUAAAAACCUAGCUACUGUGUAGACUGCAAGUUCAACGAAAUCGUUCGACUGGAUCUAUCUCUAUUCUCUACUCAAUUUGCCCGUCAACUUCUUUCAAUUUUCUGCAACACUUUGCUUUCUCUCUGAGUUUUGAUCACGGACGUCGAUACUGUCUGUAAUUGCUCCAAAUUCCGGUCACACAGGAUGCAUUUGAGCGCCAAUGAAGGCAUAGAAGGCAACACCUUCGCCGUCACCGGCGCAUUGGGCUUCGUCGGCUCCGCCCUCUGUUUAGAGCUCGUCCGGAGAGGCGCUCUCCAGGUCCGAGCCUUCGACCUCCGACCAGCCUCUCCUUGGUCAGACAGCCUCAAGAUCCACGGAGUCAACAUCAUCCAAGGGAAUGUUACCUCCAAAAAGGAUGUGGAAAGAGCUCUUCGUGGUGUUGAUUGUGUUUUCCACCUGGCAGCAUACGGGUUGUCAGGGAAAGAAAUGCUUCAAGUUGGUCGGAUUGAUGAGGUUAAUAUCAACGGAACAUGCCAUGUCUUGGAUGCUUGCCUGCAAUUUGGCAUCAGACGGCUUAUAUAUCUGAGCACAUAUAAUGUAGUGUUUGGAGGUCAAGAGAUUGUUAAUGGGAAUGAGGGGUUACCUUAUUUUCCAAUUGAUAAUCAUGUUGAUGCAUAUGGUCGAAGUAAAUCUAUUGCAGAACAGUUAGUUCUGAAGACCAACGGGCGCCCCUUGAAGAACGGGAAUGGGAAAUGUCUUCACACCUGUGCAAUACGUUCUUGUGCCAUCUACGGACCAGGGGAAGAGAGGCAUUUUCCUAGGUUGGUCUUAUUGGCAAAGUUAGGCUUGCUACCUUUUAGAGUUGGGAAACCAAGUGUUAAAACUGACUGGAUCUAUGUGGAUAAUCUCGUGCUUGCUUUGAUAUUGGCAAGCAUGGGGCUUUUGGAUGACAUUCCUGGUAAAAGAAGAGGCCCAAUAGCUGCUGGCCAGCCAUAUUAUGUAUCAGAUGGUUGUCCAGUCAAUUCUUUCGAAUUCUGUAAACCUCUGCUCAAUAGCCUAGGUUAUGACUUGCCAAAGUUUUCCCUGGCUGUUCCUCAAGCUCUUGUCUUGGGAAAAUUUUUUGCUGCAUUCUACACGAUGUUAUAUCCAUGGCUAAAUAGUUGGUGGCUUCCACAUCCCUUGAUGCUUCCCACUGAAAUUUACAAGGUUGGCGUCAAUAAUUAUUUCUCGUAUCUUAAAGCCAAGGAGGAGCUGGGCUAUGUUCCAAUGGUAAGCCCGAAGGAGGGCAUGGCUGCGACCAUCUCAUAUUGGCAGCAGAGGCAAAGGAAGAGUAUUGAUGGGCCAACAAUACAUGUCUGGCUGUUCUGUAUUGUCGGAAUGAGCAUCCUGUUUUGUGCUGCUUUCCUUCCAGACGUUGGACCUGUUCCAUUGUUCAGAGCCAUCAGCCUUUUCUUCUUUAGGUCAAUUCGAGCGGUGCAGAUGGUGUUUCUUAUAGCCUCUCUGCUGCAUGUUGGUGAGGGUAUAUAUGCAUGGUUCUUGGCAAGAAAGGUGGAUCCUGCUAACUCAAGGGGAUGGUUUUUGCAGACCUUUCUUCUAGGUUUCUUUUCCUUGCGCUUUUUGUUGAAAAGAGCUAGGAGUUAAAUGCUUCCACCUAUGUUAGUGGCAAGCGAGAGACAGGUGAAGAAAAUUUAGAGAAUUUGAGAAUAGAAAAAAACCUCGUAGCAAUACCAUCCUUGAGAAAUGAUCUCUUAAUUUUAUAGCAUUAUAAUACUACCGCUGUAAUAGAAAUAAACUCAUCAUUUGUAAUGCUACUACUAUCAUUAUAAUGCUAAAACAAAACAACACAACUAUUUCACAA